AUGGGUUUGCUGCCCUUUGAGCCUUUCAGUCCUUGGAUGUGGUUGCUGUUGCUCAUGGCCCUUGCACGUUCUGAAGCAUCUUCUGACCUGGAUAAAUCCACCAACUCCACUGCCCGGCAUGGACCUAAGUCUUGGUUUGCUGCUGCCAGCUCAGGGCCAGAUGAGGGGAUAUCUGUUUUUGAGCUGGACUAUGAUUAUGUACAGAUUCCUUAUGAGGUCACCCUGUGGAUACUUCUAGCAUCCCUUGCAAAAAUAGGCUUCCAUCUCUACCACAGACUGCCUGGCCUCAUGCCUGAGAGCUGCCUCCUCAUCCUCGUGGGGGCUCUGGUGGGCGGCAUCAUCUUUGGCACCGACCACAAAUCCCCUCCCGUCAUGGAUUCCAGCAUCUAUUUCCUGUACCUCCUUCCACCCAUGGUGCUGGAGAGCGGUUACUUCAUGCCCACCAGGCCCUUUUUUGAGAACAUCGGCUCCAUCCUGUGGUGGGCAGGACCAGGGGCCCUGGUGAAUGCCUUUGGCACUGGCCUCUCCCUCUACCUCAUCUGUCAAAUCAAGGCCUUCGGCCUCAGCGACGUCAACCUGUUGCACAACCUGCUCUUUGGCAGCCUCAUCUCGUCCGUGGACCCCGUGGCCGUGCUGGCUGUGUUUGAGGAGGCACGGGUGAACGAACAGCUCUACAUGAUGAUCUUCGGGGAGGCCCUCCUCAAUGAUGGCAUUAGUGUGGUCUUAUACAACAUACUGAUUGCCUUCACAAAGAUGCAUAAAUUUGAAAGCAUAGAACCUGUUGACAUUUUGGCCGGAUGUGCGCGAUUCAUUGUUGUGGGCUGUGGGGGGGUAUUUUUCGGCAUUAUUUUUGGAUUCAUUUCUGCGUUCAUCACACGCUUCACUCAGAAUAUCUCUGCUAUUGAGCCACUGAUCGUCUUCAUGUUCAGCUAUCUGUCUUACUUGGUCGCUGAGACACUCUACCUCUCUGGCAUCUUGGCGAUCACAGCCUGUGCAGUGACAAUGAAAAAGUACGUGGAAGAAAAUGUGUCCCAGACAUCCUAUACGACUAUCAAGUAUUUCAUGAAGAUGCUGAGCAGCGUCAGCGAGACCCUCAUCUUCAUCUUCAUGGGCGUGUCCACCAUUGGGAAGAAUCAUGAAUGGAACUGGGCCUUCAUCUGCUUCACACUAAUCUUCUGCCAGAUCUGGCGAGCCAUCAGCGUGUUUGCUCUCUUCUAUGUCAGUAACAAGUUUCGGACUUUCCCCUUCUCCAUCAAGGACCAGUGCAUAAUUUUCUACAGUGGUGUUCGAGGAGCUGGAAGUUUUUCACUUGCAUUUUUGCUUCCUCUAUCUCUUUUUCCUAGGAAGAAAAUGUUUGUCACUGCUACUCUAGUAGUUAUAUAUUUUACUGUGUUCAUUCAGGGAAUCACAAUUGGCCCUCUGGUCAGGUACCUGGAUGUUAGAAAAACCAAUAAAAAAGAAUCCAUCAAUGAAGAGCUGCAUACCCGUCUGAUGGAUCAUUUGAAGGCUGGAAUUGAAGAUGUGUGCGGGCACUGGAGCCACUACCAAGUGAGAGACAAGUUUAAGAAGUUUGAUCAUAAAUACUUACGGAAAAUCCUAAUCCGAACGAAUGUACCCAAAUCAAGUAUUGUUUCCUUGUACAAGAAGCUGGAGAUGAAGCAAGCUAUUGAAAUGGUUGAGACCGGGAUACUAAGUUCCACAGCUUUUUCCGUGUCCCAUCAGGCGCAAAGAAUACAAGGAGUGAAAAGACUUUCCCCAGAAGACGUGGAGUCCAUGAGGGACAUUCUCACACGCAACAUGUACCAAGUUCGAAAAAGGACCCUAUCCUACAACAAAUACAACCUCAAGCCCCAGACAAGUGACAAACAAGCCAAGGAGAUUCUGAUCCGCCGCCAGAACACCUUGAGGGAGAGUCUGCGGAAAGGCCACAGCCUGCCAUGGGGAAAGUCGACUGGCACCAAAAACAUCCGCUACCUUUCCUUUCCCUACAGCAAUCAGCCUCUGAUGGCAAGAAGAAGUGCAAGGGCUGCUGCAUUCACAGAUGAUGACAACGAUCAUCCGGGAUUCCCAUCCGUGACAUUCAGCACACACGCUCGAACCGGGUCGCUUCAGGAAAGAAGCCAGGGGCGUGAAGUCAUCCCCCUGAGGAAUUUCCACAGAGGACGGAAGGCACUGGACACGGACAUCCAAGCUGGAGGAGGCAUGAGGAGGCUUUUAAGGCCCCAACCAGUGUUUCACAUAGUGGAUGAGGAUUUUGAAUCUGGAGAGGAGAGUGAGGGGGAGGCCGUGUCCAGCUGGACAGCUGAGCAGAAACAAGGCAGGGAGCACCACAAGUCCCACAGUCCUCUGCUCCAAAGAAAAUAG